CCACGCCAAUUCACAGCUAAGGAGAUAGCGGCACUCGGGAAAAAUGAUCACAAGAAAGGCGUCACAGGCUGCGCAAGAGCAAGAGGUACAUAAUACAGCGCAGGAAGCACAACAAGCCGCAGCCGCCAGUGAAACACACAAUGCCCCGAAAAUCCUGAUAGGAGAAGUCCCGGUAUUUAAACCAUGGACUCCCUCAGAGGUUAUCGAUGUCACAAGACACGCGCCCAACCCCACUAAAAGCCCAGAUGAAUAUCUAUCAUGGCUGACUAAUGUGUGUAUGGUCUAUAACUGUUUGGUGCAUGAUGUUAAACAGCUGAUCGUCCUCACAUACAAAGCCGAGUGGCCAACAUGCAAAGAUGAGUUUAAAUUUCCAGUGUGCACAAACGCAAGAGAUUGGCCUGUAACACAGUCCCUCACUCAGUGGCUAGAAACUGACGGAGCUAGGGCUAUCAAAGCUUGUGCUAAAUCUCACACUGACUUUUCCCAAGUGAUGGCUUGCAUCCAGAGCCCUACAGAAACAGUGCCAGACUUUAUCCAGAGAUUCAUAACAGUGUGGGACAACAAUGCAGGCAUUAAAAGAGAGAUCAAUGAUUUGUUUGCAGUACAGAGCUUAUUGCAUAACCUUAUCCCGGAGACAGCUCGAGCUUACAUGUUAGCCACCCCCGAUUGGCAGAUGAAAACCUGGAAAGUUACUAUUGCCACCAUGCGGGCCCUACACAGAAGCCAGAUUUUUCUGAUUCCCCGAACGGCCCAGGUGCUGCAACAGGGCAGCACACAGGCUUAUCAAGGUCAGAGUAACUACCAGCAGACUCAGGGACAAAACAGCACACCACAGUAUCAGAACCAAGGACAGUCACAAGGUUAUCAAAACAAGAACAGGCAGCAGCAAAACAGAAACCAAAAAAAAACAAAUGCACUGCCACGUCUGCGGCAGCACUGAGCACUGGGCAGGGAAAUGUCCUAAGAGGUGGGGAGCACAGCAGCACACACACAAUUUGCCUGCCCUGCCCCCAACCCUGCAGCCCACACUGCCGCCUCCCCCACCUAUGUCCAGCAGCCACUUUCCACCCUAUGACAGGCAGGACCAGCAGGGGCAGUAUGCAGCAGCACAGGGUGGCUAUAAUGAACUAUAGGGAGGCCAUGGAGGAAUAGGAUCAAUAACACAAAAAAUCCCCAUUCAAGCAGCAACUAUUCGCCUUUCCACUAACCCCCGCGAGGAUCCAAUGAUGCCGGUUGAGGUUAAUGGCACAACUGUUGACAUUUUGGUUGACAGUGGUGCAACAUUAUCAGCUGUACGAACAAAAGAGAAGGUGUGUAAAGCAACUAACAGUUUUGUUACCACUGUAGGCGUUUCCGGCGUUCCAAUAGCAGAGCCUAUUUCAGAGAGAACUAAUAUUUCCGUUGAUGGAUCACGGGUGCAACACUCUUUCAUUAUCUCAGAGGGCAGCCCAAUUAACCUGAUGGGCAGAGACCUACUGUGUAAGCUACAAGCAACCAUACAUUGCACACCAGACGGGCUGUAUUUGACAAUACCAGACAGCAGAGUAUAUCAGGCUGUUCAAUUCAUACAAUCAUCUCUAAACAAUCUUUAUUGUUGGACAUUUCCAGAUUUCCAAAUGCUUUCCAUUUUUUCCACAGAGGGAAUUCAAAACAUUGCUAGCAUUUCCCCAGCAUGCGCCUCUAUGAUGUCAUCUAUGAGGCCUGUGUUACAUUGUCACUGCACAGCUGCAUUUAACCCAUCAAGUGAGUAUGCACUGUCAGUGAGGAGUUAUUGCAAUAGCUCAGAUCGGUUGGAAUGUGAACAGUUUCUAUUUAUAGGUCCACAGGGGUGCGCAUUGCCUAUUAGGCUCACACCCCUACAACAGGGCUUUCAUGUUGUAGAAACUGCCCCGCACGUCACACUAGCUGUCACUACAGGCAGUAGUCCUGAGGAGGUGGGGGCCAUGGCAGCCCACUGCCAGGCCCGGCUAGAAGUUGCAACAGCUUCUCUGCCACGCACACACACACCUAAUCUGAUCAACCUAGGGGAGGAACAUUACAUGCUACGUCUCCCUAAGCCCAUCUGUCUCCCCCAAAGCACAUUUUCUCACUUUCAACCACCCCUCCCCACAGAGUAUGGCCCCCCUUCAGAUUUCUCAGAGGUCCCAGCCACCUUAUGGGCCAAACACAAGAACCAUGUGGGGUUUGUAAAGUCUGCACCCCCUCACAGAGUGACACUUAAAGCCAAUGCCAGAUUGCCAGCGAUCAGACAGUACAACUUACCCCAAAAAGCCAUUUUGGGCAUUACAGGGGUAAUAGAGUCGCUACUCGCUCAGGGGCUCCUGGUUUACACCUCCAGCCCCUGCAAUACACCAAUUUUGCCAAUCCCAAAGCACAAUCGCCCUGAUGAGUGGCGUUUUGUCCAAGAUUUGCAAGCUAUUAAUGCCAUUGUCAUUCCCACAGCACCCAUUGUGCCUGACACCAAUUCAAUCCUUGCUUCUUUGCCUCCAGACAGCACAUACUACACAGUCAUUGAUCUUUGUUCAGCAUUUUUCUCUAUACCUUUGCAUCCAGAAAGCCAGUAUCUGUUUGCGUUCACUUUCAAAGGUAAACAGAUCACAUACACGCGCCUCCCGCAGGGGUUUGUUGAAUCACCCACUGUGUACGCCGCAGCUGUUAAAAGAGACCUGGACACUUUGGUCCUUACAGGGGGUAGCACCCUCCUUCAGUACGCUGAUGACCUGUUGAUAGCAUCCCCUAACAAAGACGCCUGUCGCAUCGACUCCAUUCUGCUCAUGAAAAGACUUUCUGAAUGCGGACACAGAGCAUCCCUGGCCAAGUUGCAAUACUGCCAGACUGAGGUCACGUAUUUGGGUCACAUUCUGAGAGAUGGACACCGCCUCCUCUCACCUGCGAGAGUCUGCCUUUUGAACAAAGUGCCACCACCGCACACAAAGAAGGAGAUGCUUUCCUUCUUGGGUAUGGCAAACUACUGCAGACAUUGGAUAUACGAGUACGCUGCUAUGGACUCCGUCCUGCGUGCUGCCACUCUGCAGGCCGCCCCGAACAUUGUUCAAUGGUCUGAGGACAUGCACACAGCUUUUCAGGACUUAAAGCAGGCCCUCACAUCGGCUCCGGCCCUGGGUCUCCCUGAUUACCAUCAACCUUUUCAUCUACACGUCCAUGAAAGGGGGGGCUUUGCAACGGGCAUCUUGGUACAGAAGCAUGGCUCUAAUUUUCGGCCUGUGGCGUAUUAUUCGUCUCGACUUUCCCCUGUGGUACUUGGUAUGCCUUCAUGCCUGCGAGCAGUGGCCGCAGUUGCAAUAGUUAUCAAGCAAUCCUCUCCCAUUGUACUGGCCAGUGACUGUGUAGUACAUGUCCCACAUGCAGUUUUGCAUAUUCUGAACACCUCUGCUACUCAGCAUAUGACAGCAGCAAGGCGCUCUGGGUAUGAGGCGGUCAUUCUUUCGAGCCCGCACAUCACUCUCAGGCGCUCCCCUCCUCUGAACCCAGCCACACUGGUCCCAAUACCAGACUUUGAUCUAACACAUGACUGCAUCACAACCAUAGAUCUGUCUUCUUCGCCCAGAACUGAUAUGUUGCAAACUCCAAUCCCGAAUUCAGAUAUGAUUCUGUACACAGACGGGUCUGCCUGCAGACCAUCUGACACAUUACGCUUUGCUGGCUAUGCUGUUGUGAACGACAGGGAAGUCUUAGAAAGCCGAGCGUUGCCCAAUGGCACGUCGGCUCAGGCGGCAGAGUUGUAUGCUCUACUCAGAGCGUGCAUUUUGGCUAAAGAUAAAGUUGCGACCAUUUUCACAGACUCCAGGUAUGCUUUCGGGGUAUGCCACGAUUUUGGAGUCCUGUGGAAAAUGCGCGGUUUCUUAACAUCGGCUGGUAAGCCUAUUCAACAUCAUGCGUUAGUGGCUCAACUGUUAGACGCUAUCCUGCUCCCUGCACAGCUAGCAGUAGUUAAAUGUGCUGCUCACACAAAUUCUGAUGAUCCUAUUUCACGCGGAAAUGCGUUAGCCGACACCGCGGCUAAACAAGCGGCCAUUUCCUCUUCCUCCAUGGUGCUCCAAUGUCCCUCCACACAACCUGCAGAACCCAUUUGUUUGCCUUCCUUUAAUGAUGUCGCGGACAUACAAGCCCGCGCUGAUGCUAGGGAGAAAGACUUAUGGCUGCGCAGAAGUUGUACACUUGACGCAGAGUCCCGCUCCACCCCGCUUGUGGCUCCACCCAGAUGGCCGAAUGGUCUGCCCCCGCUCGUUCCUCCAUGUUUUGGCACAUGUUGCUCAUGGCUCUACACAUGUAGGAAAAGGAGGGAUGAAUGGGAUUAUACAAUCACAAUGGUUUGCCCCAGGCAUCACACUAGCGACACAGGCCCUAGUAGAUAGAUGCAUGACAUGCCAGCAGACAAGAAAGAAAAGUGGCCCAGUCCAACACGAACACUUGGUACCCCCGUCGGGGCCCUUUGUAAAUAUGCAAAUCGACUUCUCACACAUGCCACCAUGCCAAGGUUGCAAGUAUCUCUUGGUAAUAGUGUGCCAGUUCUCCAAAUGGGUAGAGGCCUACCCAACCAGAAAAGAAGACGCUAGAACAGUUGUAAAGUGUCUUCUCAAAGAUGUUAUCCCUAGAUUUGGUGUUCCAGCAGGGAUUAACAGUGACAGAGGUCCAGCAUUCGUCUCUAAGAUAACCCAGAGUCUAGCUACAGUGUUAGGGUUCAGAUGGCAGUUGCACGUUCCCUAUCACCCACAGAGCUCAGGCCAGGUUGAGAGAAUGAACUUGACCAUAAAGGAGAAACUCACCAAGACAAUGUUGACCACAGGAUUGAAAUGGGUAGAUGCUCUACCACUAGUCCUGUGUUCCAUCAGAAACACACCGAAUGCUACGACAGGGCUUAGCCCCCCACAAAGUAUUGAUGGGAAGGGUAAUGUCCACAGGGUCCAGUCCCCCAGUGACACCCCAUAAACUUACUCUGUUGUGGACAGAUGAUUACAUGACUAACUAUGUAAAAUAUUUGACCGACAUGUUGAGAAAGUUUCACAGACAGGUGGCUGACAGGCUCCCUCAACCUGGAGAGGAGCCGACCCACCCUUUUAAGAUUGGUGAUAAUGUGCUAAUCAAGUCUCUUGAAAAAGAUGGUCUGUCUCCCAGGUGGAAAGGUCCUUUCCAGGUGUUAAUAGUGACCAGAACAGCCCUAAAGGUCCAAGGCAGGACAGAGUGGAUCCACGCUUCUCGAUGCCGCCUGUCUCCUCCGCCGAUCAGAGGGGAGGGUCAGGGUGCUGGCGUGUGAUGAAUGUCCUCAUAUUCCUUGGUCUGGGUCUACUAUACCUGGCCAAGGAAACCCCGCCAGAUGAGGCGGAACCAAUCCCGAUGACAGGUGGCGAGGGCUCUCGCCCCUCAGAAGGGGAAUAUAAGGUGCUCUUAUCCAAGGGCGCAGGCAGUUUGGCUAUCCAGGGCCCAGACCCUGAAGGCCAAACCACAUCAACGGGCACACCAUUGCCUAGCAACAAAAUCAGGUUGUUUCCCACCACCACACAAACAUUUAAAAAAAAGAGCGAGAAGAAGGAGGAAAGUGGGCCCCGAGAUAAGGCCACUCCCUCUCCCUGCUCUUGACAUUUCUAAAACAGGAUUACAGAAUAUUUCCUUUGAAUGUCCGAUUACACACUGUAACUCACAUGACUGUGUUGUUGUGUUUCCUGUGUUUUCAAGCAAAGGCUUGUGGGCGUGGAACGUCUAUCCAGAGACGGGGUACCAGCGGUUCCAUGUCUCGCAGCGGAUGGCCCCACAGACACUGGUGGGGUACGACACCAUUGAUGACACCGUGAUGAUGUACGACGUCGAGCUACCAGACCCGUGGGUCUCUACCGUGGCACCCGAACCAUGGGUUCCCCCUUACAACGAAUGGCCAAUGAAUUAAAACUGAUGCUCAGAUUAAAGUUGAUUUUUUCCUUUUCAGGUUGUUACACUACACAAUAUAUGUCUGACUUUUCCUUUUCAGAUUUUGAAUGUAUUGAUAUUACUAAAAUUAAGUGCCUGACUCUUAAGAUAAUCCUAAAAUUGAGGACACUGCAAUUUUGCAGAUCACAGAUUGAUCAAAUCACCAUUGUGAAUUCUAUACUCUAACUGUGAAUUUUUAGCAGGGUC